UUCCUCUCACCCUUUUGAGGUACCUCAGUUCUCCAGCAGGUGAAAGGCUUCAGCAUUAGAGUACCCAAAACAGUUGUUGCUGAUGAAGGAACCUGUGUUGUGGUGCCAUGUCAGACAGAACCUUACAAUCGAGUCAUCUGGUACCAGUAUCAUAAUCUAAAGUAUCCUGUUGUUUAUGAUGGAGUUAAUUCUUAUAACGUGGAACAGCAGUUCAGAGGACGCACCAAAGUAUCUGGCAACGCUGCAGAGGGAAACUGCACCCUGAUGAUUGACAAUGUGAGCACAGCUGACCAUAACCUACGUGUUUAUGUGUGGAUCAAUCCAGACUCUCAGACAACUCAGACAUUCCAUGAUCAAACUGUAACUAUCAGUGUUGAAAGAAAAGCUCCCAUAAUCUACAUACAGAAGAAAAUGGUGGAAGGGGAGAAUUUCCAGGCCAACUGCAGCAUAAUCUACUCUUGCCCUUUCUUACCUCCAUCCCUUCAAUGGAACGCAAACACACUUCUGGAAAACUACACUUUUGUGGAUUUCCACAUGGAAGUGCAUGGCCAGUGGUUCUACCAAAAGACACUGCGAGGAGUAGCAACAUAUCUGAUGCAUAACAGGAGGAUUCGCUGUUCGGCUAAGUUUAAAACCUUUACCAUGGGAAGUGAAAUGAAACUCAACAUUUUAUAUAAGCCUAUCACUGUUACAGUGAAAAAGGAAAAGAAAGUUGUGGUGGAAGGUGACAGCAUCAACAUUGAGUGUGUUGCUAAUAGUAACCCCCCACCACACAAAUACUUAUGGUUUAUAAGACAAUUAGACCAGCACAAGAUCAAAAAUUCAACUCAGAGUACGAAGCAUUUCAACAACAUUGCACGAGAUACAUCUCUGUCCUGCAUGGCUCAAAAUGCUUUUGGAGUGCAACAGUCUGUCUGGGUGGAUCUGGAUGUUCAGUUUAAGGACUGCUUCGAUGUAAUUUGA